AUGGCAAGCAAUAAUACCAGUGGUGGUGGACUUGAAGAUUUUCUGAGCACAAUGAAGAUUUCAGAUAUAAGCUUUGACUCCGUGACUUACUCAAAGAAGACAGUCGAGGAAUCAGUCACUUUCAAAAUUGGGGAUCCACACCGCACACCACGAUCGCCUUCUCAUUCACGCCAUGCACCACGAUCACCCUCUCCAACACACUCCACGCUGUCACGUACUUGUUUGGAUGUACCAGAGCCAAAGCAUCGUGAUCGCCGAUCAGCUGCAGAGUCGGAUACUGCGCAAUUCAGUACCACUCAACAAGCGACUGUAGCCUCGCACACACCCCAUCCUGAUGAGCAGUAUCUGCCUGCUGGCACUCAAGUUCAAGGAUACUAUGUGGUAACUGUUGGUCAGGAAGUUGGUAUUUUUUUUGCUGGCUUGACGCCAAAGUACAUGUUGAUGGAAUCAGCGGCGCAUCUCACACCAGUUCCCACUGUUGGAGGACCGUUCUGGCCAGUUGGAAUCAUACACCCUACUCCACCUCCUAGUCCGACCACUACAGCCUCAUCUACCAACUCCGAGGAUCUUUGGUCUUAUCUUGAAGACUUAUCUGAGCACAUGAGUCAGGUCUAA